CUAUAUAUAACCUCCUCUCCCUCCUCCCUCUUGUCCUCAAAUCAAAUUCAUUUCUUCAUAUCUCUCUCACUCUCAAUCUCUCUUUCUCAAAGAAAAACAGCUUCUAUAAAAAUGGAAAACAAUCUACCAGUUAUAUCAAAGAAAGUGUGGAGUCUUGUACGUGUUGCCUUCUUCAUGCUGAGAAAAGGAAUAUCAAAGGGCAAACUAAUGAUGAACUUAAACAUGAUACUCAAACGCCGCAGCAAGCUCACCGGAAAAGCCAUUGCCAAUCUAAUAUCCCACCAUCCCCACCACGGUGGCUCCACCUCAAACCGCCACUCCCACCAAUUCACUUCUUCAAGGGAGUACGAAUUCCGCUGUAGCAAUACUCCCAACCACUUUUUCUCAAUAGGGAAGCGUCACCGCACCCACAACCACAAUCACAACAACUUCUUCACUCGCAGUAAUGCGCCAUCUGCACAUGACGAUGAGGUGACGACUGUGAAUGCAAUGAAGGCAAUGUUGGAGAUGCUUAACAAUGAUCAAGCAAUUGCAGAAGCAUCUCAAGCAAAUGUAAGGCAAUUGGGAGUAGCUGAUUCAUCAUCCCCUUUGAUAGAUGAAGACAAGAAGGACAAUAAGGUUGAUAAGGCUGCAGAAGAUUUCAUAAAAAGGUUUUAUAGCCAGCUGAGGAAGCAAGAUUGAUUGAUUAAUUAAUUCAAUCUACACCUUGUUUAGUUAAUAAUUAGUAAUCAUUUGUUAUCAAUGUUAAGUAACCAUAAUUUCUUUUUGGUUAUUUUCUCAUGAUAGAUAAUCCAGAGUUGAUAUAUUUAAACUGUUA